UCUGGCUUGACAAACAUGAUGAUAUUUAAUGAGAAAUGAUAAAGAAUAUGGCCGUCAAGAUAUCCUUCAAAUAUCCCUGAACAACGACGGCUUUAAGCAGUACAGGGAUUCAGUACUCAGUUGCUAUGCAUCAGGUCAUGAUUGGAAAGAAAAGAUUAAAGAAAAUAGUGACUUUUCCUGCUACUAGUGCGAGAAAAUGGCGAUCAAACAAUCGAGAAGGCAAAACGGGAAUUGGCAAACCAAAUGUAUACCAUGCAACAAUAGUUAUAUUCUUAGAAUUCUUCGCUUGGGGUCUUCUGACAUCUCCUAUGUUAACGGUGUUAAAUGACACUUUUCCAGACCACACGUUUUUGAUGAACGGCUUGGUACAUGGAAUUAAGGGUAUUUUAUCAUUUUUAAGUGCUCCGCUUCUGGGUGCUCUAUCAGACGUAUGGGGCCGAAAAUCAUUUCUUUUCUUGACAGUUUUCUUUACGUGUUGUCCUAUUCCUCUAUUAAAGUUUAACCCUUGGUGGUUCUUUGCUAUGAUCUCAAUGUCAGGAAUCUUUUCUGUUACAUUCUCUAUUGUAUUCGCAUAUGUUGCUGAUUGUACUGAUCAGAAUGAGCGCAGUACUGCAUAUGGUCUGGUUUCAGCCACCUUUGCAGCAAGUCUCAUCAUCAGUCCAGCAUUAGGAGCAUUUCUUAGUAACAAGUACAAUGACAAUAUUGUUAUUGCCUUAGCAACUGCAGUAGCAUCUUUAGAUAUCUUGUUUAUACUAGUGGCUGUACCCGAGUCAUUAUCAGAGAGGAUACGCCCUGCGUCAUGGGGUGCACCGAUAUCAUGGGAACAGGCUGACCCUUUUGCUUCUCUUCGUAAGGUUGGUCAAGAUCCUACAGUACUCCUUCUCUCUCUAACAGUUUUCCUGUCAUAUUUACCAGAGGCGGGGCAAUAUUCUUGUAUGUUCCUGUACUUAAAACAGGUUAUUCAUUUUACUAGUGAAGACGUAGCCACAUUUAUAGCAGUUUUAGGAAUUUUAUCUGUAAUAGCCCAGACUUUAGUGUUAACAUGCUUAAAGAAGACAAUAGGAUUAAAGAAUUCUGUACUGAUAGGACUGAUAUUCCAACUGUUACAAUUAUCAUGGUAUGGCUUGGGUACACAGCGCUGGAUGAUGUGGGCGGCAGGUUCCCUAGCAUCAGUUGCCAUGAUAACAUACCCUGCUAUUAGUGCCCUUGUCUCCUGUAAUGCCGAGGCUGAUCAACAAGGAGUGGUUCAGGGGAUAAUUACAGGUAUCAGGGGACUGUGUAAUGGUAUUGGACCAGCCAUGUUUGGAUUCACUUUCUACUUGUUCCAUGUCAACCUUGAUGAACUACCAACACCAACACCUAAUGUAUCCACUAAUCACACGGCAACAGGAAUGGAAGAUCCCUUUGAUAAAAAUAUAACUUUAGGAGCACCAUUUCUCUUUGGCGCUGGUUCUGUAAUCCUAGCCCUCUUACUUGCCUUUUUCAUACCUGAAAAUGCUGGGUUAACUGGGCCACCAAAGUCACCCUCAAGAAAGGAAUACAUUUACUCUGGUGAUCUAGAUGGUUCAAUUGAAGCUACUCAAGAUGCCACUCCACUACUCAUGCAAGAAGCAUCUUGAUAAUCUUUUGAACAUAGAUCCCUGUAUAAGCAGAUCAUUCGGUAGGAUUCAAGCGAUUUAAGCGCAACCCAAAUUAUGUGCUGCGAAACAUGCUGUCACUCAAACAGCUUUUACUUUGUAGGGCUAUCAAGACAAUUUAACUGCUGUUUUUUAAAAUUUGUGAGGGGUUUAAAGAAUGAGGUGCCUUAUCGAAGAUCAAGUACUCAUCCAUAAUAUUAUGGUAAUAGUCACAUGCUUCAAAUCAAACAAACACAAACCAAACAGCAAUUUUAUCAAACUCUUAAACAGCCUUAGUCUGGGCUAAACCAAGUCCAAGUUAGACUUUGUGGAGGGAGGAGAACCAGAGAAUCCAGAAGAAAAUUCUCAAGCUAAGGGAAAGACUCAACAAAUCCUACUCACAUGUGAUGCCAAGAUCAUGAAUCGCACCCCAGAUGCUUGAGGCAAGUGCACGACCAAUGUACCACCCUCAAUUAUAUUCUCCUUCACCUGGUUUUUAAAACUUCAAAAUGUAUUUGGUUCCAAAGCUAGACACCUUUCCAUGCAUGUGAAUCACUUACUUACUAGUGAACUACCAAACAAAUCUUGAAUUCUAUGGAACAUCUAAGUCAGGAAGUCUAAUCAAUUGUAUUUAAUGUUCAUGCAGACAUCAUUGAAAUUAUUAUUUUAAGAAAAUUUCCAAAUUAAUGUCACAUCAAAAAAAUAAAAAAAAAUACUAAUAAUAACUAUACAUUGAUGUUAUCAUUUUCACCCAAAGAAAACAGUGAAGUUAUAAUAAGUUUAAUUUUUGAAUCAUUAUUUGCACUUAAUACAAAGUGCUAGAACAAAGUUAUUGAUCAAAUCUAUUUCAAACACAAAAUGAAAUGUUUAUUAGUACUAGAUAAUAUAAUAAUAAUAUUGAUUAGUUUUAUGAAGACUGUUUAUACAGUAGUAUACACAAAAAACCCUUGAAAAGUACUAAGUAAUCAAAGUAUUUUGCACUAAUUUAGGCUGUGUUCACACACAUCUAUAUAUUUUUGAAUCUGCAACUUUAUUCAUUGCUACGUCAUGUUCAUAUUUGAGGCUAUAUAGACCCCUUGCAUGUGACGUCGAUCUGGGGGACGGCAAUGAAAAAUAAGCAUGACAAAUCUUUUCAAAUCUCAAGAGAAGAUAACUUAAUUGUUUUGACGGGUCCCAGGAAAGGGAAUUAGUGCAAAGGGUAUAUUCACUGCACAUUGAAACAAAUUUACCAGCCAAUUGUCAUGGGAGGUCAUGCACAACAAAAGCUGUGGAUUCAAAAAUAGUCCCCUUCACAGUUCCUUGUGCCAUCUUGAAAGGUAGCUGUGCCUUUGCAUCCAAGCAAGACAAAUGAUGAGCUUGCAAGGAGAGAGACGUGAAUAAUUGUCCAAGGUGUUAAAGAAAGGUCUUUAUCAUUGCGAGCUUACCGAUCACCUCACUGUGAUGCAAAGACACGGCUAUCUUUCAAGAUGGCACAGAGCUGUGAAGGGGUACAAUUUCCGGAUAUGUGUGAAUAGGCCGUAGUUAGUACUUAGUGCUUUUUAACAGUUUUAAGGUGUAAUCUCAUAUGUACAGUUAAAGGUUCCCUGGAAAGUGGAAGCCUUUUAAAUAUCUGUAAGUGAUGAAAUAAAAAUAUAUUUAUUAAAUAUGUUCUAAAACAAUCAAAGGAUAGAUCAUCUUGUAUUUCUUUGAUAUUUCAAACACAAUAAAGCAUGAUUUUUGAG